GUUUCGGUUUGGUGGGAGUUUUAAAAAGAGAAGCCACGUACUGGAUUAUAAACACUCUCGCUAGGAAGAGGGUUUUCCGCUAUGUUGCGCCCCUUGAAGCUUCCGCAGGUGCCGGCGUCUUGCAGUGAGGCCUCCGUGGUCCCUGCUGGUUUGAGCGCCAAUGGGCUCCGGCAUGCGUCACUAAUGGUGGAGGCCCGGUGGGCUGCCCAGCCUCGGCUCUUGGGGUUGUAGUGGGGGGUUGAAAUUAAACAAACCUUGCAUUUGAGUGUCUUUUGUUUUGCAAACUUUAACUGUCAUGCAUUUUUCUAGUAAUAGCUCUUGAAGCCUGCAAUUACAAAAAAAUGGCCUCCAAUAAAACUACAUUGCAAAAAAUGGGAAAGAAGCAGAAUGGAAAGAGUAAAAAGGUCGAAGAAGCAGAGCCUGAAGAGUUUGUGGUGGAGAAGGUGCUGGACCGCCGUGUGGUCAAUGGGAAGGUGGAGUACUUCCUGAAGUGGAAGGGAUUCACAGAUGCUGACAAUACUUGGGAACCUGAAGAAAAUCUAGAUUGUCCAGAGUUAAUUGAAGCAUUUCUUAAUUCUCAAAAAGCUGGUAAAGAAAAAGAUGGUGCCAAAAGAAAAUCUUUAUCUGACAGUGAAUCUGAUGACAGUAAAUCAAAGAAGAAAAGAGAUGCUGCUGACAAACCGAGGGGCUUUGCCAGGGGUCUUGAUCCCGAACGAAUAAUUGGUGCCACAGACAGCAGUGGGGAGUUGAUGUUUCUCAUGAAGUGGAAAGAUUCAGAUGAAGCUGACUUGGUGCUGGCAAAAGAAGCAAAUAUGAAAUGUCCUCAGAUUGUAAUUGCUUUUUAUGAAGAGAGACUGACUUGGCAUUCUUGUCCGGAAGAUGAAGCUCAGUAAUUGUUUGCAUUGUUUUUUUUAUAUAUAUUUAUAUAUAUAUAUAAAAUCUGGAUCUUGGUUUUGAUUUACUAGCGUGAAGAAAUAACUACAUUCUAAUGAGAAUCAAGUUUGAUAUGUUGGUUUGAAAGUAGUAUUGGGGGAGUUGUGAAUUUUCUAUUUUUUUGCAUCAGUAGCACUGGUUACUUCUAACAAGUUUUGAAAAAGCUUUCUGUAGUUGCUUCCUUCAUCAGCGAACAGUUGCCUUGGAGAACAGUUUUUUUAAACAUUGUUCUCAGUGUCAGAACCUGAUUUCUCAACUCAUGCCCAACAACUGUUCUGGGUGGUUGUGUGUGUUCAUAAGAUACUUUUAUAACUGGUUUCUUUUUAAAUUUCAUCAAAAGGAAGACCAUGAGACUCUGUUGCUGAAAUGUCAUUGUGAGCAACCUAAGACAUAAAUCCCUUCAAGUUAAACUGGAAAAAAUUGUCAUGAAGCCAUAGCUGUUGGAAUAAUGUUGUAAGUCUCUCGGACAGGUUAGAUAGUCGAGGAGAAGCCAUAUCAGAAUCUGUCUCUGGAUC